AUGGAUCUCGUGACCUGCGGAGAGCUGGCGACUUGGCUGCAGGAGGAACUGGAGAGGCACUGGCACACUGCCAUGCCCCCCACUCCACUCCACUGUAUCUGGAUUCCGUUUGUGCCCAGUGUGGAGAUCAGCCGACGAUCUGAUGAGCACAAGGAUACUUCUUCAGCGAUGUCGGCCCAAACUGCACACACUCCCGCCGUACGCCGCCAAACUUCGCAUCGUCUCCGUCCCAGAUGGGAAGCUCAACGGACACCGGCAUCUGGAGGCGUCGAGAGGCGUUCCAUUUUUCGUCAGCAUCGGCGGCAGCCAAGGUACAGCGCAGCAUUCUUCUUGGUUUUUUUUUUUCGGCUAGUGGAGGAUCUCUGGUCAAGCUUUUUGAUCCCACAUUCGCGUGCCAAUCAAGAAGCCGGUGUCACAUUAUUGGUCUGCAGCCGUCAACGUCAGCUCGCAAGGAAUAUGCACUACCCAACUCCACUAUUGUUGGCUGCAGUUUUCACCUCGACUACCUACAUUGCCAUCAUCAAGCGUGGUGACUGCUCCGCGUCGUCCCGCUCAUCGUCGAUGAAGCCAUUGCCCGCUUCAACGAUGGUGUUUCUGAUGGCGGUUCAGGUUUCACAAUGGCGCGAUUAA